UGAGCAGCUCUAGCUCCUCGGAGUUCCCGUGGGUCACCGGAUGCACCAUCUGCUGGUGGAGCCCGGCUUAACUUCUUUUUUUCCUCAGGGGUGGUGGCCGCUGUUUUGCUCAUAGCUUCCCGAUCUGCCCACGAAAGCAUGGGAAUGCUGCGAGGGAAUUUGUGAGCAAAGUUGCGUGAAAGUGGCAGAUAAGUUACCGUAAGCCUCCCGCGAGCAGUUCGGCGUCCCACGAGCUUCGUUGCGAACUCGAAGGUCGUUUGAGAGUCGCAGUUUGGGGACAUUUUUCCAGCGAGCAGUUCCCGGACAAAGGAAAAGACACUUAGAGCUAACGUUAGCUGGCUCCCGGAGCUAAGUUAGCAUUCCACUAGCUGCGGCGCAAUGCAGGCCAUAAAGUGUGUCGUUGUGGGAGACGGAGCUGUGGGUAAGACCUGCCUGCUCAUCAGCUACACCACCAAUGCUUUCCCUGGAGAGUACAUCCCCACAGUGUUUGACAACUACUCUGCCAAUGUUAUGGUGGACGGGAAGCCGGUGAACCUGGGUCUAUGGGAUACAGCAGGACAAGAAGAUUAUGACAGACUCCGCCCACUUUCCUACCCACAGACGGAUGUGUUUCUCAUCUGCUUUUCACUUGUCAGUCCUGCCUCAUUUGAAAACGUCCGCGCCAAGUGGUACCCUGAGGUGAGACACCAUUGUCCCAACACUCCCAUCAUCCUUGUUGGCACCAAGCUGGAUUUGAGAGAUGACAAGGACACAAUGGAAAAGCUGAAGGAGAAGAAGCUUUCGCCCAUUACCUAUCCCCAAGGACUGGCAAUGGCCAAAGAGAUUGGCUCUGUGAAGUACCUGGAGUGCUCUGCCCUGACUCAGCGUGGCCUUAAAACUGUGUUUGACGAGGCCAUCAGAGCUGUCCUCUGUCCUCCACCUGUCAAGAAGGGAGGGAGGAAGUGCUCUCUCCUCUAAUGCUUCCUCCACUGGUGUGGGUGAAAGAUAACGGGAAACACAUCAAUAUACACGUAAAAACAUUGUUCUUAAGAUUCUUUCCUUCCAUAAGUGUAGCUACAGGAGUUAUACAAACUAUUUUCAUGAAAAUUUGACAUGGGGUCAGCUUUAGGUGAAGACGUGGAAUCAUUAUAGACCCUAGCUUUUUCUAAACCACAUAUACUGUACAGACGAGACUAUGACAUUCAUGAGGCCUUCAGAAAUAGAUUGGAUGUUUUGUUCAAUUGAACCGUGGAAUGUUUUCAAUUUGUUCCUCCACUGGUUGUCCACCUUUUUAUUGUUUACAGUCUUGGUUGAUUUGAGUGGAAGAAACAUUGCCAAAUACGUUCUGCACACAAACUGUAUUUUAACUGCAGCAAACAGCAAAUUGUUCUAAUUGUCUCCACCAACUGAAAAUGUGCUGUUGUGUGCUGCUGUUUGUUCAGCUCUGACUCCAGUGGCAUUUUAUCCAUUUCAGUUUCACUCUCCAAGGGCAGUCAUGUGUCACCAGUCGAAAAGGAACUCUUUACCAAGGGUGGAAUUACCUUGUGCACCAUAAUCACUAUAGAUGGUCCUCAGCCUUACACAUACAUGAUUCAUGCUAAUCUACUCUAAUGAUUCUGCGCCUGUGGCAUUCUUAAAAUUAGAACUGGGAUGAGGUCUGCUCAUACGCAUUAAAAAACGAUCCAGUAUUUUAUUUUUGGCAGCAUUUGGACCUGUCAGCUUGGUGGUAUUCUUCUCUCUUUGGCUGCCCAGGAGUGCAAACCAGAAAGCCUUUCAAGAUCUGAUUAGAAGUGUUUUGGUGGCUGGGAUCAGGAUCACAUUCAAUGCUGUGUGGGCAUUUAUCAGCACAUUUGAUUUUUAAUAGCAUCACUACUGGCUAAACAUUUUCUCCAAGAAGAGCAUUAAGGCCAGCUAAUAACAGUAAGCUACUGUCAGUUACUGUGUAGUAUAACGUCUGCUCAUCUUUUGUUGUGAUUGACAAUUUUUGUAUCUGUUUUUUCCCACAGAAGUUACGCUCCACUCACUGUAUUGUAAAACUAACACUAUGAAUAUCCUGUUUAUUACCUCUACACUUAACAGUACCUUAAUCUCCCUACAAGCCUGGCUUUUUGUAAUUAAUGCUGAUAGCAUGUAUGUGCACCAUAUACUGAAAACUAAGAUUCAAAUUGCUACGGUUUAUUUUGCGUAUUUACAAAAUGUAUUUGAACUACUAGAUCAGGGGUUGAGUACAUGUUGAUCUGUAUUGUAUUCAGACAUCAAUCUGUGCUUUAAUUCAAGCCAAUGUUGUGACUCUGUAGUUUUAUGAAUAAACACUAUUGUCACUUUUUGAAAAUUCCAAUAAAUUCCAAGAAAACUA